AUGGAGGUAACUAGCGGAGCUGAAGAAGGAUUUGUGAGAGAAUGGACACCUUGCUCCCAUAUUUUAAACUUAAUUCCUCCUAGAAUUCAAACUGGUCUAUUUUCAAAUGAAUUGUGCUUGACCUGUGUGGAUGCCGUUAGUGAAUAUAUCGCGCUAGGGACAAAUGUUGGACUGGUAUAUUGGUACGACAGGAAGAAAGGGAACAUUCAACGUUUAAGAUGCGAAGCAUCAACUUCACCAAUAACAUAUGUGAAGAUAGUAAGUACUGUGGAUUACAUGGUUGGCGCUGGAAAUGUGUCAGGUCAAGUCACUGUGUUCCAAAUUCCUAAAGAACACCCUGACAACUUACCUGAUACAUUCAAACCCAAAGUUGAACCUAAGGUGGAGAGGUACACAAUAGGAGAUUUGCACAAAAGCAAAAUAACAGCAAUAGAGUGGUCGAAGAAUGGAAUGCGAUUGUUCUCCGGUGACAAGAAUGGCGUCAUUAUUAUGACUGAAAUUGACUUCUACAUGCAUUUGUGUAAGUCUAUGGAAAUUGUGAAUGAAGAACAUGAAAUAGUGCAAAUGAGUUACUACCAGAACACACUGCUGGUGUCGAGCAUGUACCGCAGUAUAGUGUGCGAGAGACGCGACAGUCGGUGGCAUGUUACACAGUUGGGGAAGAAGGAGAGGAAAAGCCUGUGCGCCCUGGGCGCGGUGUUCCAGUACUCGUACGCGCGCGGCGGUGCGGCGGCCGCGUACUGCGCGCGGCCCGGCCUGCGUCUGUGGCGCGCCGACGUCGCCGGCAAAGUGCACCAGACGCUGCUGUUUAAGGAGGCGAUAUCGAACCCGCUGACGGUGGCGGAGCUGCUGAACCCGUCGUCGCGCAAGCACUCGGCCGCGGAGCGCGAGCACAACCUGGGCCCGCUGCACGUGUUCCGCGACCACUUCCUCGUGUCGCACGACGACUGCCUCCUCUACAUACUCGACCCGCGCUCCCUCACCGCGGUCGCCGUCGUCGAUGAUCUCAGAAGGAUCAUAUCGGUGGCGGUGAACAAGGACGAGAUCUUCGUGCUCGAGGGCGCGCGCUCGCUGCUGCGCCUCGCGCACGCGCCCGAGCCCGCCGCGCUCGCCGCAGACGAUACAACAAAUCUAAUGACGAAGUCCUUAACAACUUCACUACAACACGCCGUCAACACUGUGCGCGAUCUCACCCACAUCGACCAAACUGUCCCCUACAUCACUAGCGUUCUAGAACAACCGAUCUCGAUGUUCACCAGAAAUGAGACCAUAGAGACCGGAACCAUAGCCAAUGGGGAAGAGUGCUUCGAACUACCUCCCAUAAAGCACCUCCCUAACGAUAUAUCCGAAAAUGUCCUCGAAUCGAUUAUAAACGAGUUCAAAGACGUAUCGAGUGACGCGGAAGAGAUAAGGCGGGUCAAAUCUGAGGAAUUGCAAAAGAAAUUGAAAAUGUAUAAUAGUAUAAUGGAGAAGAAGUAUGAUGAUGAAUUGAUACAUAGCAGACGAAGUCGCAGGAGAGAUAAUAGUUCGGGAUCGAGUACCCCGAGAAUGGCGACACCAGUGCGGAAACCGGAGAACGUCAGUUAUACCAGUCCUUGUGUGAUGAAUGUUAGUGUAUACGGGAUUAUGCCGCAGCAAAACGACGAUCUGUUAGAACAACAGAUAGCUGAAAAAGAAAAGAUACUCGCUAAAAUGCUCAACUUGGAAUCUCUUAGCAUCAAAAAUCCGAACGACCGCUAUCAAAGAUAC